AUGGUUAAGCUCAGCGCCAUCAGCCUCGCAGUUGUCUGCGCCCUUUCGCCCCUCGCGGAAGCAGCCGCGUGCAAGAACGGUCUAUACUACUGCGGUUACAACCUUCUGAAGAAAGGGAAAUACCAAAACGAGAUGAUCGCUGAGAACAAGCGACUUGGAGCACCGACCGAUAAGUACUCGCUGUGGUACUCACUGUAUUAUUGCGGCGCUGGCGGCGAUGGAUGGAUCAGGUAUAUCACUACAUGCGACCAGUGCGUCGAUGGUGGAUCUGGAAAGAACGAUUAUUGCCGCUUAGCCUAG